AUGCCAAUGAUAUAUAAUGUUCCUUCUUCUGUUAAUUUGAUCUCUUCUUUCUCUUUCACAUCAAAAUAUGAUUUGAAAAAAGAGAAAAAUCAAAUUUUGUAUGAAAAAGAUUUCGGAACUGUUGUUUUGAAAGUUCCUGAUUCUGUUUUGAGUAUAGAAAGUGAUGCAUUGUCUAAUGCUUAUUACAUGUAUUCUGUUUGCUAUAAUGGAACUUAUUUUCAGGAUGAAAUUAAUUAUCAUCCAAAUGAUUUUUUGUCGAAUUUCUUUGUCAAAGAAAAUUAUUUUGGAACAACAUUCUUCGGAUAUCCUUUGACUGGAUUCGAAUGCGAUGAAUCAAUUCCUGAUGCAAUGAUCAUUUCUCAUGUUAUUGGAAAUACAAAAUUAGAGAAAAUUUUGUCUAUUACAAGUAUUUCUUUGAGUUCAUUAUGCGUUGUAGCAAUAGUUGUUUUGAUUGUAGUAAUAUAUUACUACAAGAAGACAGAUGACAAUGCUUUGUUGUCUAAUUAUUAUUCUGUAGAUAACAAAAUUAAUAGUUUUUAUACAUAG